UAGUACACAGGUAAAAACUAAAAACUAGAAAAGCCUUCACUCAAACCAGGCGAGUAUACAAGCACCCACCACUACAACAACCUUGAGGAGACUUUUUAGCUAAGCUUCUUAUCCAUAGACCCUCAUUCAACAUUCUAUUUCUUCCCGGAUCUUGGGUAUAGAUGAUCACCUCCAUCUACAUCCAAUUUUCUAAGAGUUCGUUUCGUCACGAAACAAUCUAAGCGUCUCUGAAUCGUGAGUCUUCCUUAGAUCUUCUUAUCGACCUAUAUAUGCACAGCAUAAUAAUGGAGCAAACCAAGUACAAUUGGAUGUGGGCUAGAAGGCAAUUGAGUGAAGGGCCUCUCCUUGGCUCCUCAAUUCAAAGAAUCGCCACCCCUUCCUCCUAUCAUGAGUCAUGGGAAGAACAAGCAUUUGAGAAGGAUUCCAUAGGCCACCUGGGGGGAUACACAUGGCCUCCAAGAUCCUAUUCAUGCAGCUUUUGUCGGAGAGAAUUCCGAUCAGCUCAAGCUCUGGGCGGCCACAUGAACGUGCAUCGAAGGGACCGAGCAAGGCUUAAGCAAUUAUCUUCAAGCCCUAGUAGUAUCGAAGACCAAGAGAAUAAUCAACAAGACCGCCAAAAUACUUGUACUCCGUUAGGACACGCACAUCAGGAGAACACAAAGGAACAGCUUCUUCCUGCCGAGCAAUCCCUCAGUGAUCCAGCUCAAGUUGUGAUGUUGGAGUUGAAUCUUGGGAGGGAGAAUUCAAAGCAAAGGGAAGCUAAUUUUUGCCGCAAAUUAAGAGAUAAAUCCAGAGAUGAGGAGGAGAUUAUAAGUAGCAAGAGACGCUGCAUAGAUGCAAUAUUUCCUUUAGUCAUGAAAUCAUCACCAGGUGAGCAGCAAAACAUACGAUCUCAGGUUCUGAAAAUAAGCCCCGGCCCAGUCGGUGAAUUAGAUCUCGAGCUUAGGUUGGGUAGUCAUCCAAAAGCGAAAUAGGUAGGAUUUGCAAAGUUAAUUUGAUGUGUUUGAACACAUAUUUCUUAUCUUAAUUUGCAUAGGAUUUAUUUCUUUCGUUAGUACUUCUUUUCUUCUACUUUCGGCCAAAGGCCUUCCCUGUAUCUCCCAGUUUAUUCCUCGCCUUUCAAAUAUUUAUGUUUUUCGAGUAUUUUGACAGCAAAUAUUCAAUGUAAAACAUCCACUUGCAAAGCUUAAUUCUUGUUGUUUUAUGUUGUAAUGAAGCUGUGAGUCAUGAACCAUGUUUCAGGUUGCUGUUAGAACUUUUAUUACUUCAAUAAAUUGCAAACUUCAAUGA